AUGAGCGUGAGCAAGAUUGAGGAUUUCGACAGGGCUUGCACUGCCAUACAGAACGCAUUUCGUGAAGAACCAAGUUACUGGUAUCUGGCUUGCAAAUUACAAGACAAACCACUGGAUAUAGCAAUCGGUUCGCCAAACACCGUGGACUUGCUGACUCGUGAAUUCUUCACCCACUACCACGACCAUGGCGCUCAAAUCAUGCAAGCAGGCGAUUAUGCGACGAUCGCCAUUUGGACGUCUCCAUCGGUGUCUGUUCCAAUGGCUCGGACUUCCGACGAAGCUUUCAACAAGAUCUUCUUCGACACCUCGUUGGAGAUCAAGCAUAAAGUGAUCCCCCAAGGGAUGCAAUACUAUUACUUGUUCAUGAUUGGGAAAGAUCCAGAAUCGCCGGUGAAGGGGAGCGUGAGAGCAAUGUUUGAUCACUACACAGAAAGAGCUAACAAGGAAAACGUAGCAUUGGUAUUAGAGGCAAUCAGUGAGCACGCCAGAGACGUCUAUGCACAUUUCGGUUUUGUUAACUACAAUACUUUCAAAUAUGGUGUAGGCGAAGUCAAUAAUAAAGGUCAAUUGGAUUCCAACGGGGACGGUCAUACAGGGUACCUGAUGGUAUACUUGCCAACCGCCACAUCGACUUGA